UCUCAAGACUCUGCAAACUGUCACUCGCUGUUGAUAUGGUGUUUCAUUGUAAACAAUAAAUUUAUCCGUGGUGAACGAUGGGCUCAACGCAACUUUGUCGCUUGUGUCUACAAGCUAGCGACGAUGUGUUAAACAUUUGGGAAACAUUUUUGGACUCAACCAUUGCCGCAAUUCUGGCCAAACAUUUCUGGUUCCAGGUCCAUGAAGAUGACGGAUUGGCGGAGUCUAUUUGCGAAAUGUGUUGGAUCCACACGAAAGAGUUUCAUGAAUUCUACAGACGAGUAGAACAAUUCCAGAAAUGCGUCUCCAAAUCCACUGAGGAGAACCACAGUGCUCACGACGAAACUAUUCACAUCGUUCACAUCAAGCAAGAACUGAAUGUGGACAAGUGUGAGGAAGUGGAAAUGGAUGCUUUGCAAAUUGAUACGGACUGUGAAGAUGUAGACACAAAGCCUGACUUGAAUGGAAUCGAAUAUGAGGAAGUAGAAAUGGACUCAUUGCAAAUAAGCAGCUCCGAGUAUGAGGAUGACGAAGGUGAAACGGAGCGAACCGUAGACGAUGAGGAUCAAUCCAACAAUCACCGACAGAAAAAUGACGAAUACGAAUCUUCACGAUCCAGCGUUAAAAAGAGUGGUCGUCUCAGUUUGUCCGAAAAACUGGAAUUGGAGAGUCACAUCACCGAACUGUUUAACAUGAACUGUGAAAUUUGCAGUGACGUUCAAUUUAGAACGCUGCUAGAAGCCAGGAAACACUACCGCAAAGUGCACGAAACGGAGGGCUUUCUAAUGUGUUGCAACAAGAAAUUCCAUCAGCGUGUUGAUGUCGUGCAACACAUUCGACAUCAUAUCAAUCUGACCGAACACGGUCCCUCCGAACAAAUGGAACAAGAAGCGCAGAUUCGCGAAUUGUUUGCAAUGAAAUGCGAUGUUUGCAGUGACAUCGUGAACUUCGAAACGCUACUGGAGGUCCGGCAACAUUAUCGCAAAGUUCACAAGUCACGUGGCUACCUGAUUUGCUGCGAUAAGAAGUUCUAUCGUCGUAUUAAGAUGAUGAAUCAUGUCCGUUGGCAUACCAAUUCGGACACUUACAGUUGCAACGAAUGCGGCAAGCGGUUCUCGAGCAAAUAUGCGUUGAAACUACACAAGGAAUAUCAUAUACCGUACGUUUCACGUCCCUUCAAAUGUAGUUUAUGUCCGAGUGGUUUUGUAAAGGAAGUGGCGUUAAAAGUUCACAUACAGUACAAGCAUACCUCGACUGAGGAAGGAAAUUUCGCCUGUGAUAAAUGCAGCAAACGUUUUCGUACGACUUGGUCACUGACGAGUCACAUUCGGCACGUCCAUGAAUCCAAUACCGAAUACGUGUGUGAGGUAUGCGCCCGUAUUUUUAAAUCGAAAACAGCACUCAAACAGCACUUUACCAGAGAACAUUCAUCAAAACCACCACCAUCACCUCCACCCAAAGUUCAAUGUAGUGUUUGUGGUGCUUGGUUGAAACGUAAACAGCUACUUAGCAGGCAUUUGAAGCAACACAAAGAUGCAAAGCCUGUGAAUUGUCCAGUUUGUAACAAAUUGGUUCACGACAAACGCUUAUUGGACGGUCACAUACGAUCUGUUCAUGCAGAGAAACGCCAUCAGUGUAUAAUGUGCGGCAAGGCAUUCAAAUGUGCGAAAAAUUUAAGGGAACAUUUAGCGAUUCACACCGGCGAGGAUCUGUACGAUUGUCCGUACUGUGAAAAGAAAUUCAAAUCAAACGCGAACAUGUACAGCCAUCGGAAGAAGGCACACCUGGCCGAAUGGACUAAGGACAAUAAAACAGCCAAAUAAAUUCAAAGAAUUAUUCUGCAGCGAAAUACGAGUAAUUGAAAAACACGUCCGUUUUACUAGAAAACCUUUAAUGUAAGUGAGUUGCUGAGAUGGUUAUACAAAACAAAUUCUUUUAUAAAGCCGACUUAGAUGAACAAUCAAAUUGUAACUCCAACACCACUCCUCAAUUUGAUAAUCCGAUAAGUUCCCUCAACUUGAUGAAUGGUUUUGGUGAUAACGGUUUUGUCAUUAUAUCAGCAAGUUGAUCCUCUGAACGCAAGUAUUCGAUCUUCGUGUCACCAUCCAUAAUUGUUUGACGAAUGAAAUGAUAUUUUGUGUCCACAUGCUUCAUCCUCUUAUUAUCUUUUGGCGUUUCGGCUAUACGUACACAAGAUUGAUUGUCUUCAAACAAUGUGACGGGCUCAUUACAAGUUAUCCGAAGUUCUUUCAACAGAUUUCGAAUCCAAAUUGCCUCACACGCACAUUCACUCAACGCAAUAUAUUCUGCUUCUGUCGAAGACAAACUGACCGUGGAUUGUUUACGAGAAGACCAAGAGACCGUAUUCCCAUAAACUUUGAACACGUAACCGGAGACUGAUUUUCUGUCGAUUGUAUCAUUGGCCCAAUCUGCAUCAGCAUAGCCAGCUAGCGGAUCGGUACCUUCAUUACGUUUGUAGAUCAACUUUAAGUCGAGCGUUCCCUUAAUGUAUCGCAAGAUUUGUUUGGCAUACAUAAAAUGCUCCUGGCCAUAAUUGCUCUGAUAUCGACUGAAGUAAUUGGCAGCCAAAUCUGGUCGAGUGGUCAACCAAUUUUCGCAUGUCUUGCAUGUUCAAAUGUCCCAUCCUGUUAUGCCACAGAUCGUUGUUAUCUUCAGCACACAUGCCAGCAAGAUUUGUUCGAAACGUCCAAAGUGCUUACAAUUUUAGAGAGUCUACGAUGCAACUAUUGAUCGAGCCAAGGUAUUCUAAUAUGUACUUAACUAAUCAGACUUUAGUUCGUCUAAUUAGGCUCAUUAAUGAACAUAAAACGGAAGUGACGAAGUGUAAUAAUAGACUGUCUUUUAAAAGUGUGAUUAUUGAUAAAUUAGGUAUUAAUCUGCUGUGAUUGUUUGUACAGAUUUGUUGUAUGAUAGUAUUAGUUAAACUAUGUUUGUAUUUAUGUAAAUGUAUCAGAUUAUUCAGCCAGUCUUUGGCGGUGGAAAUAAAUUC